AUGGAAAUAUCAGAUUCUAAGAUAGGGGAUUCCGACUACAUAGCAACCAAGACAGCUAAGCUAAAGGAAUUUUUUAAAGACGCAAAGUUUCCUAAAUCUGUUAUUGAUAAAACCAUAGAAAAUGAAAUGAAACCAUUAAUUCAAGGCGUUAAUGUAGACAGGCCCUAUAUAGCCGCAUCAGCGUCAGGAACUGUAAAGUCAGAGUAUGAGGUCAUGACAGGACAACCAUUUACUAAAAUUGAAGACCAUAGUAAGCCAUUAACCUCUGAAGAAAUCAAAGAAUUACUGAAGGAUAGCCCUAUUAUAGCAGAAAAAGCCCGUCAGAUUCAAAUUGUAAUUAAUCAUGAAUCUCAUAAUAAUGAAAUCACUGUUCCCUUAGAUCAGGUAAAUAUAUCAAAGUACGAUGAUAUUCAAGCUGAACUCGAUUCAUCUGUGGGUGAUUUUGCGAAACAGAAUACAAUCAAAUACAAAAAUAUGCAAGCCUUGAUGAAUGCUGCUGCUGCUUAUAGAUCUAAAAGUCAAAUAUUUAAGGCACAGACCAUUGAUGAAGAAAAUCUAUCUAACGAUUCUGAAUCAAGUGAUGAAAGAGAGUUUGAUGCUAUCGAUAAAGUUGUUACUGAAUGCACAAAUAAGUCUUACGAAACAAGAUAUAAAGAGACCAAGGAAAUGUUACAGCAAUUGGCUGACAAACACGACGAUCCUAAUGAAAUUGAAAAUAAGAAUAAGUUACAAAUAGAAGAAAAUAAAAUUUUAAAGGAAUCGUCAUAUUGUUUAGUGCGUGGUCCGAAAAUAGACUCUUCUUUUGAAGGAAUCAAAGAAAGUUAUGCUAUUAAUGAUGCUUUAAAUAUCCCUAUGAAAGAUAAUCCAAUCAAACUUGAUCUUAGCGGCGAAAUUAAAAAUAAAAUAGACUCUGAACGACCGGCAUACAAUGAUAAAAGCAAUAAAAAUGAUUGCGGUCCUAAAAAUUUUGAAGUCAAACUUAAAGCAACUGAAAAGGUUCUUAACGAUAUAAAUUGUAUUUUAAGUAAAGAUGAGCUUAAUAUGAAUGAAAAUAAUUGUGACGAAACUAAAUCGUUACGUCGUAGCUUUAAAAUAACAGAUUCAGUGCUAUCACUUCAGAAUAAUAAUUGUAAUUCAAAGCAGGCAAGUAAUCAAAGAGUUAAAUUUGAUGAAAACAUGGAAAGAACUUUACAUAAUACACUCGGAAAUAUUUUUGAAAUUGGUAGAGGUGACAAUGCUGAGAACAAUGAGCUAGAAUUUAGGGAGAUGAAAAAUCUUGCCCGUAAUAUUGUUGAAGGUGCUGAAAAUCUAAACACACUUAUUAAAGAAGAUAUAACAAAUAAACUAAACAGCAUGAAUGAGUUACUAAAUGGUGUUAAUGAAGCUUUAGAAAAUUCUAGAAAAUCUAAUCUUGCUUAUCAAAAGUUAAAGGAAGAGAGUGAGAUUCAAAAACACCAUAAAGCAAUUACUGAAAUAGAUACGCAUGAGAACGUACGAAGCAUUAAUAGUGAACAAAAAUCUUCUUCUCUAUUAGAACUAGAUGACAUACACAGCGCAAUAAAUAAGUUAAACACUGAAAUAAAAGGUCAUGAAAAUAGAAUUAAUACAAGUAAAGCGAAUUAUGAAGAUAGAAAUAAAGAAUGUAAGGACUUUCUAAAAGACUUGGACGACGUCUUACAAAAAUCACAAAGUAUUUUGCACCCAAAGUCUGCCAAUAUCAAUGUAGGUAAUUCGGAUGAAGUGCAAAGUAAAUGUACAUUGAAAAUAGAGGAAAUUGAUCAGGUGGACGAAAGUAUUGAUAGUCGUAUCGUAACAAGAGACACUGUAGUAAGUAAAGACCUAGAAAAGAAUAGAAAGAUUGACAGACUUUUAUAUGAUAUAAAAGAUAAAAUGAAAGAUAAUAAGGAAGUAUUGCGUCUGGCUAAUAAUUUAUUGAGACGGGAAGAGAACAAAAAAGUAUGUGCAAGUACAAAUCAAGGAAUAUCAUUUGUAGAAACAGAUGAUAAAGCCAAAGGAGAUUAUGCACGCAAUAACGAAUUACAAGAUAAAAACGAAAACAAGGACAAAAUAUCGGAAGUAUACCCUCUCGAUCAAGAGCUAAUAGAAAAGAAUAAAGAAGAAGAGAAAAAACAACAGGAAAAGAAAGAUAAACAAAGAGAGUUUCAAUCAAAGUUAGAUAAAGAAUUAGAAGAAAAUGACAGAGGACCCCGAAUGACAAAAGAGCUUCUCAAAAAUAUUUGCAAACAACACAAACUGUACUGCACUCCUUAUCUUAACGAUAUACUUUAUUUACACUUUAAGGGAUUUCCAAGAAUCGAGAAUUUAGAAGAAUACACUGGUUUGAAAUGCAUCUUUUUAGAAAAUAAUGGUAUUCAAAAAAUCGAAGGCUUAGAUACGCUCGCUGAACUGAAAUGUCUCUAUCUACAUUACAAUAUAGUGAGGAAGAUUGAAAAUUUAAACGGUUGCCCCAAGUUGAAUACAUUGAAUUUAGAUCAUAAUUUUGUAACGAAAAUUGAAAAUUUGGACGUUGUACCCGAUCUACAAACGCUUAGCAUUAGUCAUAACAUGUUAAGCGGCAUAGAUGAUUUAAAUGAUUUGCGACAAUGCAAGAAUCUAUCAGUUUUAGAUUUGUCAUACAAUCGUAUAGAGGACCCGAUAAUAGUCGACGUAUUAGCUGAUAUGGCUGCGUUAAAAGUGCUGGUGUUGACCGGCAACCCGGUAGUGCGGAACAUACCCGCGUACCGUAAGACGCUGACACUCCGUCUGUUGGAGCUGCUGAACCUGGACAACCGUCCCGUGUUCCCGCGCGACCGCGCGUGCGCCGAGGCGUGGCGCCGCGGUGGCGUGCAGGAGGAGGUCGCGGAGCGGCGCCGGUGGAUAGCAAAAGAUCAAGAGAAGGUUAUGCAGAGCGUACGUUAUUUGAUCAAGAUGCGCGAUGAAAACAAGGCAAAACGAGAGGUGCGAGAACUGCUUGAGCAGGAGAAAAUGGGUCCUCUGGCGAUAGAGAAUAAGGAAAACGAAAAUAUUGAAGCGACUAAAGUUGAGGAAUUAAAUACAAAAGAGAAGGAAGAAAACACAAAACCUGGUGACGUUGAAGAUGUGCUGACAGAUUCUGAUACUGAUGACACUACAAGUGAAAGUGACUCCAGCGGCAGUGAUAAUGAUGCAAAAGAUGAAGAUACCAGUAAAAUUGAAUGGUCACAAAUCGAUCAAGGCAAGCGUUUAGUUCAAGAGCUGAAAGAGGAACAAAGCUGUGAAGCGGAGUGGCCAGGUUUCAAUAUAGCUCCCAAUGCUGGUGAUAGAAAUAACGAUUUAAGCGCUAUAAAUAAUUUACUAUUUAAUCAAACGCCACAUACGGAAAGGAAAGAAUCAUCAGCGAUAUUAAAAGAGCACAUUAAAAAAUCAAAUCAGAACACUAAAAGUGAUGAAGGUCAGAUUGAGAAGUCAGUUGAUACAAGUGUAAGGAAGCCUCUCAUUGAAAUUAUCGAAGAGUAUAAUAUGAGAUCUCAAGAAAACGAAAGAAAUAAGGGGCUCAAUAAAGUUACGAUAAAAGAAAUAAAAGCCAGUAGUGCUGGCGAUGAGCACUGUAAACAAAAAGCAAGCAAUAAAAAAGUAGCCAUUACGGAAAUUAAUAAUGAAAAUAAGGAAGAGAUAAAAAAUGAUGACAUCAAUGAUGGUAACGGUAAAGAAGCAAACCAAACAAGUGAUGUCAGCCUACCUCAUGCAAGUCAUCAACAAAUGACUGAAAACUUAGGUACGAGUGACAGCAACAGUGACGGUGUAGCUUUCCUAAAUUACAUGCAUCAUAUUAAUUCAAAAACGAACGACGGUAACCUGGAUUUGGAACCAAGUGCUGAAGAUUUAGAAAUAUUUAAAGAGCUUGAAAAGGAACAGCUUGAAAGAGAGGCUAGGAUUGCUCGAGGAGAACCUGCUGUUGAUCCAAUGAAGCUAUACGAUGCAAAGAUUAUGCAAGAGUUCCACAAAGGGCAAGAACCAACGCCGGCUCAUGCGCUUGAGGAGCGGAAUUUCGUAACAAAAUACGACCACCGCAACGCUUUCGAUAGGGUUGCUCUCAGUCAGCUCACAGGAGGCGAUCCUCCAGGAGCUGUGCUUUACAAAAACAUUGAAAAGCAAUUACCAGUUCCUGAACUACAGUAUGAUGUUGGCGAUGAAGUCAUAGAGUCUGGUCCUUCGUCAGCUGACACUGAAUCAGCACACAUACCAAAUGAUUCUGACACAAUUAGUUCCGAAAGCGACAUCUUAGAAUCACCUAAGUCGAGAAAUAAACAGAAUAUAAAAGAAAAAAACUUUAAAGAUGAUAAAAGCAAAGAUUAUUAUUAUGGUGAAGAUGGCGAGGCAGAUGAAUUCAACGAUGAAAUGCCAAAUCGUGAACGCAAAGAGUGUCACUCCACUUACGAAACCUUGGGCAAAAUGGAUAGCGAUGAUGCCAAGCAAUCGAUAAUCAAUGCGAUUAAUUCGUAUGAAGACAAAAGAUUCCCUUCGCAGGGUGUUAAUUAUUCUGAUAUGGGACAAAACGCUCGCAUAGAAGACUCUGUUGCUACAGAAAUACUGAAGAAAACAAUUAAAUAUGAGGAGCAGGAAAUGUACAAGCAAUUGGAUGUAGUGACGUCAUUCGCUAGCAGAGUCGAUAACAGCACGAAUGCUAUUAUUGAAAAAAUAUCUGAUGAGUUGGAAAAUGAGUAUACUUUACCAGAAGUGUCACGUAUUCUUAAAACUCAUAUAGAGGAAGAGGAAAUACAUCAGCGUACUUUAAAAUAUAUCAAUUAUAUUCCAUCGCCGACUGAGUCGUUAGCUGACGAAAACGAUGAAGUUGAAAAUGAUGACACUUUAGUGCCAAGUCAAGAUGUUUCGCUAGAAGACACGCUGACAGAAGAAAAUGAACGAGGCGAGGUGUUAGAAGCGAACGAUUCGGGAAUCUGUAACGAGUCUAUUGAUGGAGAGAAAGUUAAUGACGAAAAUGAGCGUCCGAUUAAACAAACUGAUGAUAUCGAAGUAAGUGUUGAGGAGAUGAAAUCAGAGCCGAACGAAACGCAUAUAGGCGAUGUGUCAGCUGACGAUGAAAUAUUCGAAGACUGUGAAGAGGAUGUUAAUGAUUUAACGGAAACAGUCAAGAAUAUAGAUGGAGUUGAACAUUAUUCGUUGGAGAUGAAAUUAGCACUUGGACUUAGUAAGGAUUAAUGUGUUCUACCAGUCGUGAAGGCGGUUUUUUUUUGGGCGACCUAAUUUUGUUUAUUUUAAUGGGUUAUUUUAUUUGUUUAUUAUUUAUGUCACGAUGUUUGCGU